AUGACAGCUAAACUAGUGGAUGAAGUUUCUGCUUCUCUCAGUGGUAUUGUAGACAGUAUUCCUAAAGAUGUGUACCCGGCGGAGGUGGGGCCGGUGGUGUUUAAAGAGGAGCCCGUGGGUGAGGAUGAGUAUGAAGGGAAACCGGAUAAGAACCAGUGCGGUGGUCUCCUGUUCGAGCAGAAGAGCGCACCUGAGCUGCCUCUGCACGCAGACCUGACGCACUACGUGGCAACUUUACGCACGCACCCUGUGGCGUUCACCGGUAAGUUCUGUGUGGACUCCAGGGGUCCAGGAGGGCCGUGGACACCAGGGGACGCCAUCAACGUGGUCAGCGCUGACAUCGCAGACCCGGGUCCGGCCACAGGAUCCGGAUCCCCCCCGGUAUCACCUGAGAUUUACGCAGGAGCUGGUGGAGGAGACGCGGAGGACGCGGGGAGCGGUGCCAUGGCGCACGGACAGCCAGACAUCAGCCACAUGUACGCGCCCACUCACAGCCACCCACACCCACACCCACACCCACACCCACACCCCCACCCGGCCCCUUCCUACUCUUGCAGUGGAGACAUGUACCAGGACCAGUCCGGAGGGGGGUACCUGGCCACCUCCACCUGCGCCAUGUCCUACCACACCCCCCAGACCUACAACUCUGCGCCCAAACCGACCGUGGACGGGGCCGCGCUGCUCUCCAUCAUGCCGGAGUACGGGGGCUUCUACCCGCAGGGCCAGAGGGAGAUCCAAACGGCCUUCCCGGAGCGGAAAUCCCUCCCGUACCCGUUGGACUCCCUCCGGGUCCCGCCGCCCCUCACGCCCCUCAACACUAUCAGAAACUUUACACUCGGCGCCCCCUCCCCGUCGGCCGACGGCCCCAUGGCGGCCGCCUUCCCCGGCCACCAGAACCUCCCCCUCAGGCCCAUCCUGCGACCCAGGAAGUACCCGAACCGACCCAGCAAAACCCCGGUCCACCAGAGGCCGUACCCGUGCCCGGCGGAGAGCUGCGACCGCCGGUUCUCCCGUUCGGACGAGCUGAGCCGGCACCUGCGCAUCCACACCGGCCACAAACCGUUCCAGUGCCGCAUCUGCAUGAGGAACUUCAGCCGCAGCGACCACCUGACCACGCACAUCCGCACGCACACCGGAGAGAAGCCGUUCUCCUGCGACCAGUGCGGGAGGAAGUUCGCCCGGAGCGACGAAAGGAGGCGGCACAUGAAGAUCCACCUGCGGCAGAAGGAGAAGAAACCCGCCGCGUCAUAAUCCGCACCGCGCACGGAACCGUGACUGUG